UGCAGAACCUCUCUUUUGAACAUCAGUCCUUCCCCACUUUCUGACCUCUUCCCUUUGGAGGGCUGUGUGGCCCAGGCCUCAGAGGAGAUGCGGGAGGCUCGGUUCCCGGCCUGGCUGCUUCUGCAACUGCUGUGGGCAGCUGCAGUGGAGGCUCCAGACCCUGGGGCAGAGGUCCCGGUGGUGUGGGCCCAGGAGGGGGCUCCUGCCCAGCUCCCCUGCAGCCCCACAAUCCCCCUCCAGGAUCUCAGCCUUCUGCGAACAAGACAAGUCACUUGGCAGCAUCUACCAGACAGUGAGCCCGCGGCGCUCUCCCCCCGGGGCCCGGGGCCCCGCCGCUACACGGUGCUGAGGCUGGCUCCCGGAGGCCUGCGCGUCGGGAGGCCGCCCCUGCAGCCCCGCGUGCAGCUGGAUGAGCGCGGCCUCCAGCGCGGGGACUUCUCGCUGUGGCUGCGCCCGGCCCGACGCGCCGACGCCGGCGAGUACCACGCCGCUGUGCGCCUCGGGGACCGCGCUCUCGCUUGCCGCCUCCAUCUGCGCGUGGGCCAGGCGGCGGUGACUGCCAGCCCCCUCGGGUCUCUGUGGACCUCCAGUUCCGUCAUCUUGAACUGCUCGUUCAGCCGCCCUGAUCUCCCAGCCUCUGUGCACUGGUUCCGGGGCCCAGGCAGAGUCCCCGUUCAGGAGUCCCCCCAUCACCUCUUAGCCGGAAACUUCCUCUUCCUGCCCCAUGUCAGCCCCUUGGACUCUGGGACCUGGGGCUGCACCCUCACCUACAGAGAUGGCUUCAAUGUCUCCACCACGUACAGCCUCACUGUUCUGGGCCUGGAGCCCCCAGUCCCUCUGACAGUGUACGCUGGAGCCGGUUCCAGGGUGGAGCUGCCCUGCCGCCUGCCUCCGGGUGUGGAGACCCAGUCUUCCCUCACUGCCACAUGGGCCCCUCCUGGGGGAGGCCCCGACCUCCUGGUGGCUGGAGACCAUGGCAACUUUACCCUUCUACUAGAGGCUGUGGGCCAGGCCCAGGCUGGGACCUACACCUGCCGCGUCCACCUGCAGGGGCAGCAGCUCAGUGCCACUGUCACUUUGGCAGUCAUCACAGUGACUCCCAAAUCCCAUGGAUUACCUGGCAGCCUGAGAAAACUGCUUUGUGAGGUGACUCCAGCAUCUGGACAAGAACACUUUUUGUGGAGCCCCCUGGACGAGCGGUCUCGCAGGACCUCUCCAGGCCCCUGGCUGCUGAUGCCGGAGGCCAGGCUCCUUUCUCAGCCCUGGCAGUGCCGCCUGUACCAGGGGCAGAGGCUUCUCGGGACCGCGGUAUACCUCGCUGAGCUGUCUCGCCCAGGUGCCCAACGUUCCGGGAGAGCCCCGGGGGCCCGGAAAACAGGCUACCUCCCUCUCCUCAUCCUUGGUAUCCUCUUCCUGCUCGUGUUGGUGACUGGAGCCUUUAGCUUUCACCUUUGGAGAAGACGGUGGCGACCAAGAAGAUUCUCUGCCUUAGAGCAUGGGACUCACCCACCUCAGGCUCAGAGCAAGAUAGAGGAUCCGGAGCCCGAGCCGGAGCCCGAUCCAGAUCCAGAGCCCGAGCCGGAGCCCGAGCAGGAGCCCGAGCCGGAGCCCGAGCCGGAGCCCGAGCCGCAGCCGCAGCCGCAGCUGAAGCAGCCCUGA